AUGCUGUGCAAGUGCGGAAAGAACGCGAGCCACUUCGAGACCAAGAAGCCUGGACCCAACAAGGGUCGUUGGUUUUUCUCAUGUCCUAUACGAAAAUGCGGAUUUUUUCAAUGGGAUGGUAAUGCUGUACCCGCAGCUUCAAGUUCAGGACCCUCGCAAGCUUUACCACCUACCCAAGUCUCAAGUAGUUUGCCGAUAAACAUGCCUAAAGUUGAUUCCCCACUAAAACAAAAGACGGAUAACGUUAACUCGGUCAUGCAACUAAGAAGUCAGCCGACCGUCGUUGAAUUAAACUUCGAUAUUUUUGGGAAGACUGAAUUUGUAGUUCGCGGAUUUCAUGCUAAAGUACGCGACGUGCUAAAACAGCUUCCCUUUUCAAAAUAUAAUCCAAGCGAAAGAGGAUGGAUUUUACCUCAAUCACAAUACGAGGAUUGCAUAAAGCGAUUGAGAGAAAUCUCUGAUAUUAGGUUAAAAUUAAAUGGUUUUCCGGCUCACAUUGUGAAGUUAUUCAACUCUAUUGGAGGUUCACCAGAUAAGCGUGUUCAGGUGGAAAAUGAAAUCAAACAACGAAUUCCAGCUGAUCUAUGGUCAAAAUUAAUGCCCUUUCAAAAAGAGGGUGUUAUUCAAGCCAUCAUGAGAAACGGUCGUAUUCUACUUGGUGAUGAAAUGGGUCUUGGAAAGACUAUUCAAGCUCUCACAGUUUGUAGUUUUUAUGAAUCGGAUUGGCCAGUGCUUGUUGUAUGUCCUUCUAGUUUGAGGUUGACUUGGUCCAUCGAAAUCCAAAAGUGGCUUCGGGUCCCUGAAAAAUCAAUCGACGUAAUAUUUAAUACAAAAAAUGGAAUUUCUAGUCCUACGCGCAAAUUUGUAAUCACGAGUUAUGAAAUUGCCGCGAAAAUGGGAGAAGCUUGCGCAAAUGAAUUUAACAUUGUUAUCUGUGAUGAAGCACAUUAUUUGAAAAAUAAAGAGACAAAAAGAGCCAAAGGGGUCUGUCCUUUGGUCCAAAAUUCUGCAAGAGCUCUUUUGCUUACAGGAACACCAGCAUUGUCAAAGCCUGCCGAACUUUUCUCUUUGGCUAAUUCAUUGGAUAAGUCUAUAUUUACAUCAUUUCCUCAAUAUGGGGCAAGGUACUGUGAUGCAACCAGGGGACCAUUUGGGUGGAAUUACUCCGGUGCAUCUCACCUAGAUGAACUAUGCUGGUUAUUGGAUCGAACUAUCUUGAUUCGCCGACUGAAAAAAGACGUAGAACUCGAGUUACCCCCCAAAACCCGUCAAAUCAUUUAUGUUGAUAUUUCUGCAUCCUCACUUAGAGAAAUUCAAAAAUUACAGAAAGAAUCUAAGGAGCUGCGUCUUAUUUCCCAACAAGCCACUGGACUUAAGCAACGUGAUGCAGAAUUGCGAUGCAAGGCUCUUCUUGUGCAAAUGUGGCAUGAGACUGGUCGCUCUAAAGUCCCUGCUGUUCAGGAAUAUUUAUCUGAAAUAUACGAAAAUUCAGAUAAAAAAUUCAUCGUAUUUGCACAUCAUUUAGAGGUUCUAGAUUCAAUAUCGGACCAUCUUAGAAGUAAAUACGGUGAAAAUUACAUCCGCAUCGAUGGAACCACUAACCAAAUCCGUCGUCAAGCUUUGGUGGAUCAAUUUCAAGCCGACAAGAAAACAAGAGUAGCAAUUUUAUCUCUUACAGCAGCAUGCACAGGUUUAACUCUUCAUGCCGCGGACCUGGUAAUUUUUGCUGAGUUAUUCUGGAAUCCUUCCACAUUAUUGCAAGCCGAGGAUAGAGCGCACAGGAUAGGUCGACAAGGUAGCGUCGACAUUAAAUAUAUGUUGGUUAAGGAUACUUCUGAUUCUAUUCAGUGGCAGAUGGUGCGACAAAAAUUACGAGUUGUUGGAAAGAUGUUGGACAAUGAUAUCGAGAAGGUUACAAUAGAGGAAGGAACAUCUUUUGGCGCAGUUGAUCCAGAUCUUCUUUCAUGGUGCGAGCGUAUUAGUAAAGAAUGUCCCCAAUCUGAUGAAAAUGACAAUAUAACUUCGAAUCAUAGAGAUUUACCACCUCCUCCGUCCUUGGAACUCGAACUUGACCAAAAUUCAGAAAGCGAUAUUCCUGUCAUUAAUUUAACAGUUGAUAAUCCUCGUGAAGACUCGAUCAUUGAAGUUAGAUCAACUCUGUCAGCACAUGAAUUUGCUAUGGAAAGUUUCAACAGUGGAACAUCUAUAUCUAGUGGCCCUUUGGAUAUUUCUGAAAUUUCUGAUAUUCCGACUUCCGACGAGAAACUUUCUCAAUCUACUAUUUUAAGUAGCGCAACUGAUGAGAAACCAGGAAUUUUGCGAGUAAAUUAUUCAAAAUCUGAUGAUGAUAGUGGCGCUCCUAAAUUGGAUAUUUGUGAGUCUUUUCUGGAUUCGCUUGUUGAUUUUGACGAUUCUCUGAUUCCAGACAGUCUACUUAAUCCUAUACCGGAACCUGAAGCUAUCAAUAUGCCAGCCAAUGGUCGAAAUUAUCAAAAUGAACGAGACUUGUCACCUUCAAAUAACGUGCAAGAUUCACAGUUCAAUAAUGUAAGUAAUAUACAAGUAGAAGAUGUAGUCGAACGGAAAAUUAGCGCUGGGAAAUCUGUCCAAGAAUCCCGUGAGACUAGUUUGGAGCCUGAUGUCUGCGAUUCAAGCGUCAAAUGUGAAAAAAGUUAUCAAUGGGAUGAGGAUUUUAAUUAUUAUUAUUUGAAGUUUAUACAAUAUGGCAUUGAGCCACCAAAUGAGAUCAGGGAAUCUUUAAAAUGCAAAUUUCCAGAUCUUGAUUAUGACGCAUCUUUAUCAAAGGAAAAAAGAAAAUUCGAGGAAGGCGGUCAUGAGGAAUCGUUGAAAAAAAUCAAAUUGUCAAGAGGAUGA